AUGGUCUCUGAUGGUAUGGGUCCAGCUUCUCUAUCACUUACAAGGUCCUUUAGACAAUUUAGAGACAAUCUAAACUACGACGAUAUUCUAUUGCUAGAUAAACAUCAAAUUGGUGUCUCCAGAACAAGAUCAAACAACUCCUUAGUAACAGAUUCUGCUGCUGGUGCUGAUGUCUUUUCUUGUGGCUUGAAAUCUUAUAAUGGUGCCAUUGGUGUUGAUCCUUUUAAAAACCCAUGUGGCACUGUUUUAGAAGCUGCCAAAUUAGAUGGUUAUAAAACAGGUUUGGUUGUUACCACUAGAAUAACUGAUGCUACCCCUGCUGCCUUUUCCGCUCAUGUUGACUACAGAUUUCAAGAAGAUCAAAUCGCCGAACACCAACUCGGGUAUUAUCCUCUUGGUAGAGUGGUUGAUUUGAUUAUCGGUGGUGGAAGAUGUCACUUUUACCCAAGAAACACUCACACUCCUUUUAAUGAUGGUUUUGGUGAUGCUGGUUGCAGAGCUGAUAAUAGAAAUUUAAUUCAAGAAGCCAUCAAUGAUGGUUGGUCGUAUGUUGGAGACCGUGCUGGUUUUGAUUCCUUACAAGAUGGAAACAAUGUCACCUUCCCCCUCUUGGCCCUUUUAGCUGAUACUGACAUUCCUUACGACAUUGAUAGAAAUUCAUCAAUUCACCCUUCUUUAGCUGAACAAACUCUCACUGCUUUAACCGCUUUGGAAAAUGCUACAAAAGACUCAGAUAAAGGCUUUUUCAUUUUAAUUGAAGGUUCAAGAAUUGAUCAUGCUGGCCAUGAUAAUGAUCCCGCUGCUCAAGUUAGAGAAGUAUUAGCCUAUGACGAUGCCUUUAAAGUCGCCAAAGAUUUCGCUGAUAACUCUGACGUUGAAACCAUCAUCUUAAGUACCUCUGAUCAUGAAACAGGCGGUUUAGCAACAACAAGACAAGUCUCUCCAUCAUAUCCUGACUAUCUCUGGUACCCUGAAGUUCUAUUAAACGCUUCUCACUCUGGUGAAUACACUUCCGCUCAUUUAAGGGAAUCCAGCUUAAAACUAUCUAACUUGGAAGAUUUGAAAAAUUUCGUUGUCAAUGAAAUUCUUCACAAGGACUUGGGUAUCAAAAACCCAUCUAAUGAAGAAAUUAACUAUCUAAUAAAACACGCCACUACCGCAAGAUACUUUUUAAAUAACAUGGUCUCCUUCAGAUCUCAAACUGGUUGGUCAACCCAUGGUCAUUCUGCUGUUGAUGUUAACGUUUAUGGCUACUCAAAUACUGAUAGCGGCUUAAUCAAAAUUUAUAAUGCUUUAGCUGGUAAUCACGAAAAUACAGAAAUCGGUCAGUUUAUGGCUAAUUAUCUUGAAUUAGACUUGAGUUCUGUUACUCAAAAAAUUAAAGACACUGUCCAUUCCCCAAGAAUCAAACAGGACGAACUUUCUUUAGAUUCUGAUGAUACAUUGAUUGAUAAUCAUGAACAUCACCAUGUUUAUUAA